AUGAACAGCCAGCAGAGCGGCACCGAUGUUGAUCAUGAUCAUCCGUAUGGUUUGAACCUCACCAACGAUGGCUUUCACUCUCAUCUUGGUAUUGAUGCCGGCAAGAAGCUCAUCUGGAAAUUGCCAUAUUUCCCUCCUUUAAGCUCUGAUGACGAGUUUGAGAUUCACGACCUGGAGCUGGUGCAAGAUAACGAGAAGAAAAGAAUGGACAUUCUUGUCCGUCCCCGGAUGCACUCUCUCGCUAGACCAACGUACAAGAUUGAAAAACAGACGCAUAGCCAUUUUCUAGGCAAGAAAACUUUUGAUAUCCUAAUCUCCAGGCUUGAUAGUUGGGACUCGAUUCACUGCAGACCGAUACAGUCACAAUCAUCUAAAGUAGGCAAAGUAUACAUCGUUCUCUUUCAAGCAAAAGACCAGAGUCCGCGUCACAUCAGCCUUACACCCACAAAAAGUAUGGUUCUUCAUCGCACAGCUCGCGGUGGAGAUAUUUGUCUUACUCCCCACUGCGGCUCAUACGAUCCCCAGCGGAGUCGUGCCCCACAGCCGAGACUUAGUUCGGGAUAUCAUUACCUUCCCCUGCACAUUACCAAUUUUGAACAUCCUCCGUCAAUGCCUGUAUCAAAAUCAAUCCCCGCCGCACUCACCAAGCCGUAUUCUGGAGGCGGGUAUCUCCUAUUUGAUGCUCAUAGUCGAGGCCGCUCAGAUCUCCUGAGUACGUUAUAUUGCACUGGCUACGAGCGCCGAUGCGUCCCUCGUACAGGCGAUGUCGUUUUGGCCGAAUUGAGAUUAUCCCGACCUGCGACUGACGACGAAGUGAAUUCACCAUCCUGGAGUCGUUUAUUCCGGGAACGCCAUGUAUCGCUUUUCAUCUCCAAACGCGGUAUCGACGCUGUAUUCACAGGUCUGCAUGUCAAUAUGUUCGUCCCAAACUCGGUCGAGAGUAACAGGUAUUCGUUGACAUUUGGCCAUGCUCAAGAAAUUAUCAUCUCCCUUUUUGCGACCUCGUUGCUGGCAAUUGAACAUGAGGGAAUCGAAAGCAAGAAAUGGGCUUGGUUGCUGAAGAGGCGGAUGUUGGAGUCGGACUCCGAGUUGGCCAGUAGCAGGGACACAAUGCACAGUUCAACGCGAGGUCCUGAACAUGCUCCAAUACCAUCUACGCUGAAUCGCGUGUGUGAGAGGGAAUUCCAGGAUACGGACUCUAUCUCGUUUACCGACGUCGACCAUCGGCAUAGAGCCAAAACCCCUGACUUCGACAAGUGGAAGGUUGUCACCUAUCAAACACCCAUAGGCGAGGCUGUCUCGCGAGACCCCUAUAUCAAUGACGGUCACUACGCUGAGCCAACAGACUUAUUGCCUGCGAGAAACACUGAAUUUCAGGAGGUGAGGCGAACGAAGAAUGGGUCCCUGCGUCACGGUACGAAGACUGUUGGUUCCCACUACCCAGGGCAACAAUCGUCGUCGAAUGUUCCGGAAACACCUCAUAGCCGCACGCUUAAACGAACAGAGCCUAUGGAGGUAUUGGUGGCAUCUACGGAUGUAAUUCAACCCCCCGAGCCGCCCAGAAUCUGGCCUAAGGAGGGCCCAAAGGUCACCGGAAAACCAAAGCCUGGGGUGGAAGGGGGAAUUUAUUGGUAA